UCUUCUGCGGGAACUUUGAGUAUGAUGCUCGUGAGAGUGAUCUUGAGCGGCUUUUCAGGAAAUAUGGCAAGGUCGAGAGGGUUGAUAUGAAAUCUGGAUUUAUUUCGAUCUUGGGAUGCCCAUUCUCCCACCCAGCCCAUUGAUGGACCAUAUGGAUAAUCCAUUUCCUGCCCGAAUGAGUCUCCUCAUCCGCGCAAUGGCACUACGUUCCCAUAAACUCGACUUAGUUGCAUUUCAUUCCUCUUGACUUUUCUACUCUUGGACAUGCCUCUUUGAUAGAAUCAUCAUACCAAACUCUCACAGCAGAGGCAGCAAACCAUAUGGAGAAUGCACCACCACAUUUCUGUUCACAAUUCCGUCUGAUCAUCCUCCUCAUUUUCAGUUGUUCUUCUUUGACAUAUUAAUUCCGUAAUGCAAGGGUUUGCUUUUGUCUAUAUGGAAGACGAGAGAGAUGCUGAAGAUGCCAUCAGAGCGCUUGAUCGCUAUGAAUUUGGCCGCACGGGACGCAGACUCCGUGUUGAGUGGACAAAGAAUGAUCGUGGAGCUGCUGGAAGACCAGGUGGUUCAAGGAGAUCAUCGUCUGGCAUGAGACCGUCCAAGACUCUUUUUGUGAUCAACUUUGAUGCACAGAGCACUAGGACUCGGGACUUGGAGAGACACUUUGAGCCAUAUGGAAAAAUCGUAAAUGUUAGAAUCAGAAGGAAUUUUGCGUUUAUCCAAUAUGAGUCUCAAGAAGAUGCCACCAGAGCACUGGAUGCUACAAAUUCAAGUAAGCUGAUGGAUAAUGUGAUCUCAGUGGAGUAUGCAAUGAAAGAUGAUGAUGCGAGAGGGAAUGGAUACAGUCCUGAAAGACGGCGUGAUAGGUCACCUGAUAGGAGAAGGCGGUCACCGAGUCCUUACAGGAGAGAAAGGGGAAGUCCUGACUAUGGCCGAGGUGCUAGUCCAGUAGCUCACAGGAGGGAAAGGACUAGUCCUGAUUAUGGUCGCGGACGACGCAGCCCGAGCCCUUACAAGAGAGCCAGACUUAGCCCUGAUUACAAGAGGGAUGACCGUAGGAGGGAGAGGGUGGCUAGCCCAGAGAAUGGAGCUGUGAGGAACCGAAGUCCAAAAAAGGAACGUGGUGAAAGCAGGAGCCCUCCUCCAUAUGAGAAGAGGAGGGAGAGAUCGAGGUCAAGGUCAAGGUCGAAGUCCAGCCCUGAGAAUGGUCAAGUUGAAAGCCCUGGACAAAUUAUGGAAGAAGAACCAGGAAGAGGAUAUGAUGGUGCAGAAAGCCCGAUACGCGAGAGCAGCCCCUCUCGUUCGCCCCCAGCAGAGGAAUGAUUGGAUCCACCAAACAGAUGAUUGUGUCAGAUUCUCAAACAAAAAAUGUCACUCAAAGCAGCCGUAUCUGAACUGAAGUCUUUGCUAUGUCAUGCUUAGUUAUUUUAGUGUCUUCUUUUUGAGUCUUUGUUCAAGUGCUUUUGUAAACUUAUUUAUUUUGACUCAUACAAUUCGCUUAUUGUUGUAGUAUUGUUAAAAGCUACUCCUCUAGUUGGGAUUACAUUUAUCUGACUUUAUUAGAAUCUCUCAUUUAAAAAUA